CAUCCAGAGCAGAGCGCGCGCUCCUCGUGUUGUGGCAGUCUGUGGUGGGCAGGCAUAUGCUCGUUAGGCUGGGGAGAAGCAGGGCGAUGGUGCUCGUUCUUGUGUCCGUGGGCCUCUGUAAGGCUGAAUAGAGUCUCCGCGCUUCUGCAUGGCCCUGAGGAUGUACGGGGAUGGAGAGGCCACCGUGUGGGACCGGGUCGGACGGCCCCACCGGGACUGCAUGUGCUAUCUUGGACCACCGACUACUUUCCUGCCGAUCGGGAUGCGCAAAUCCCCCGACGUGAGCCCCAGAAGGCUUUCGGACAUCAGCCCUCAGCUCAGACAGCUCAAGUACCUGGUAGUGGACGAGGCCAUCAAGGAGGACCUCAAGUCCUCCCGCUCUGUGGAGGACAUCAACAGCGCGUCCAUUGAGGAGCGGAUACUGCGGAUUACCGGCUACUAUGGGUACCAGCCUUGGAGUACAAGUUACAAGAGAGAGGAGCGCAGCAGAGAGAAUGUGGUGGGGACCGCAGACGCACAGUCGGCCGGUGCCGCUGGAACGGAGGGCAGCUCCAGCCGGCGGAGGCCCCACUGCUGCAUCAGAGUAACGGCCGUGCAGGUGCGGAAAGCCCUGUGGGGGAUCGCCAUGGUGAUGUGCGUGUGCUCCUCCUGGGCAGGCUCCACCCAACUGGCCAAGUUGACGUUUAGAAAAUUCGACGCCCCGUUCACCCUCACAUGGUUCGCCACCACCUGGAACGGCCUCUUCUUCCCGCUCUACUACAUCGGCCACCUGUGCAAGAGUCCAGAGAGGCAGACGCCCAAGCAGAGAUUCAGGGAGUGCUGUAGGUUUUUCGGGGACGACGGGCUGACACCCAAGGUGUUUUUCACCAAGGUUGCUCCUUUCGGCCUGCUGUGGAUCCUCACCAACUACCUGUAUCUGCAGGCGCUCAGGAAGAUCAACACAACAGACGUGUCGGCGCUGUUCUGUUGUAACAAGGCCUUCGUCUUCCUGCUGUCUUGGAUUGUACUCAGAGAUCGCUUUAUGGGGGUCAGGAUAGUGGCUGCGAUCUUGGCCAUCGCCGGCAUUGUCAUGAUGACCUACGCUGAUGGAUUCCACAGCCACUCCGUCAUCGGCAUCACUCUGGUCGUGGCCUCUGCCUCAAUGUCUGCACUCUACAAGGUGCUCUUCAAGAUGGUCCUGGGCAGUGCCAAAUUUGGAGAAGCGGCGCUCUUUCUGAGCAUCGUCGGAAGCGCCAACUUUGUUUUCCUCAGCUUUGUGCCGGUCAUCCUGUAUUUUACACACGUGGAGUACAUUAGCUCGCCUGCAGACAUCCCCUGGGCCUACCUGUGUGGCGUUGCUGGCCUUCUUUUUGCUUUCAAUAUCCUUCUGAACUUUGGGAUUGCCAUAACCUAUCCAACAUUAAUUUCCCUUGGUAUCGUCCUGAGCGUCCCUGUAAAUGCCAUGGUGGACUUCUACACAUGUGAGAUCAAUUUUAACACGGUGCGCCUCAUCGCCGUGUGCAUAAUCUGCCUGGGUUUCCUCAUGCUGCUGUUACCCGAGGACUGGGAUCAGUGCAUCAUCCAACUCAUCACCAAGCUGCGCAAACGCGAAGAGCCAGUAGAGAGCAACGGCGAGGCAUGCGCCGCCACUGGCCUCAACUGGAGAAGCAGAGGCAGGACGUCCAUGACCACAUUUGCACAUUGACUCUAUGACAUGUAACCAUACCAACACAGACAUUAGGAGGCUUCUGGUUCUGUUCGGGUCUCUGGGAGAAGAAAGAUUUGUAACAAGUAUUGAUGAUAAUACAGCAAAGAUGUGGAAGGUUCAGGAUGUGUCCUUUUCUGCGUGUCCGUUAUACUUAAAACUUGAAUUUAUCGGUGCACUGACAUAUAUCAACGGUGAUCAUUCUUCCCCUCAAAGCAAUCAGGUAUAUUGAUUAAGUAUUGUAUUCACUUUUUAGUUUUUCCAUCACAUGUUUGAAAAAUGGAGAGAAACAGGCUGCUUUAACAAACACAUUUACAAACUGAUCAGAUCCAAAGAUAAUGACCCACAGAGGCACAUUUUAAAGGAACAAAGAAAAUCUGCCUUUUGUGUGUUGUGCAUAGCUAUAGUUUACACUCUGGAUGUCCUUGAGCGGUAAACUUUAUGGGCUGUUUAAUGCGAUACUCUGAGGAUCAAUUUAAAGACCCACUCCGAUCAUCUUUUGAGCUAUAUUAAAAAACGUUCCCUUUUUUAGUUAAGGUUAUGCUGUUUUGUAUUGUUUUCCAGGACAAAGUUUCUGCAGACCGGCAGUAGUUUAUUUAAAAUCGUCUCUGUGGUGUGGACUGUUAGGUCCGCCCCUUUCCCCUCCCAUUUGCUGAGAGCUCUCCGUUUACACAACCUCUUGCUAGCCUUCAGCCCCUCACACACCAAACUGUUAUAGAUGCAACAAAAAUGGCGAGUAAUAUUGGAAUUAUUCAGUCGGGCAGUUUCGAUCCAGAUUCCAGCUCAGAUGAGGAGAUCCUGCCUGAUCUAUUUGAUCUAAGUGGAUGUAUCAGAAUGGAGCAGAACAGGGAGCUUGCGGUUUUCCUACAAAUACGAUCUUUUUCGUCUGCUCCAGAUUCCUAAUAAUCUGAAUUUAAAAAACUGUUUCAUUUUGAAACAGUUUUCAUCGGAAUGGGUCUUUAAGUCUUAGAGAAGUUGAUUUUUACUCUGACCUCUUGUGCUUUAAUUUUGCUAAUAUUCUGCUUUGAAAGACACACAUUCAAUCUCAAUGCAUGAGAUGACAAAAAUUGGUCAAUUUUAGACAUAUUUAUGUGUUGAGUAUCAGGAUCAGUGAUCUGUCCAUGGAGACUGACAGGCUAAAUGAAAACUUGAAAAUACCCCUUUAAGGAUCUUGAGCGUCCCCGAUGGCUUUCACAUAGCCUUGCUUUGGAUUCUGACAGACUUUCUGCUUUUGCAUUCAAAAACACACAUCUGUUGCGCUUCUUUUUAAAAUGUGUCUCACUGUGGUCCAAGCAGAGGCGUCGUAUCAGACUCACUGUGUUUGCUUUUCAUCGAUCAUAUUUCUGAGGCAGGCUCACGACCAUGAAAAGCAGAGGGUGACUGAAGAAGCCUUGGAAAGCGACCGGCAUAAACUCUGCCUUUCUGUGAAUGUAUGAACAUCACUCAACCACACUUGCUUGCUAAGAGCUGUGCGUUUUCAACAGUGCCACCACAGACUUCUGCAGAGAGACUCCUUAAAACUAUCCUCUUUUGUUUCUUUUCUGAGGAGGAGGCAUCAUUGCAUUGCUGAGGAGGUUUUUAUAUAUUUUUUUAAUGCAUUCAAUCGCUGACUAACCUCAAGAGGAGUGACAUCAGUCGAAGGAGCAUGCACAUACUGUACGAGCAGAUACAGCCGGUCAGUCCACGUCACUGCCUUUUUUUCUUUGUUUUGCAGUAGAGUACAUAAGCACUGUUUUUCAUUGUCAUUCUUGAUGACAAUAAAUAUUAAUAAUGUAUUCCUCUGGAAUUAUUGCAAGACAUAAAUGUAAACCUUUGUAAGGAAUGAUUUUUACACUAAAAUGCAGCAUAUAUGAUGAUCAUAUUUGAGGAGAUGUGAAUAAAUGAUGGGUAUUAAACGCUGGGCAUUUUCAAGUGUAAUCACAUGUAAUAUAUAUAAAAAGAUCUUUGGAAUAUGU